CGACCUGAGGGAAUUGAGAUUCUUUGGUUUACAAUACCAUAACAGCUGUUGAACCAUUUCAAAGAUCUGGUCAACAGUUUAGGAGCUUGGUUGGACCAAGCGGAGAAUUCAUGAGAAUCGGAUUGUCUUUCAACGGUGGGUUCUUCAGUUCUGCUGCUACUUAGACACAUCCCGACAAUAGACAAGGAAAGGCAAUAAUUGGAGGGGCUUCAUGGUUCAUUGGAGGCCCAAGUCAGCAAAAGUAUAUCCGAUCCAACUGGACUGCAACAUCUUGGAAUUUUCCGUUGUUAAAAACAAUAAGGGUGCCCACGAGUUCUCGUCAAAAGUUCCUCAUCCAAUCGGUCUUGAUGGAGAAGGGGCUGGAACGGGAAUUGGAGGAACAGGAGGAGUGCAGGGAGGAGGCAAGGCAGCUGUACCUUUUGCACGGUCGCAUUCGUGUCAAAUGCCCUUGCAGUCAAAAAUCAAGCAGAGUGAGGUCGCGACGACGACUCGACCUGCCUCGAGGCAGUUUCAGCACAAGAGAGGCUCUGUGAGAGGGGCUGUAGGCAUCAGUGUCAUGAAGCAGCUCUUCUUCGGCUCCUGAUCCGCUGGUGUUAGGAUCCGCAAAGGGACCGUGAGCCAUUGCGAGGGUUGAGUUUUCUUUUGCUGUGUCCUGCCUUGAUCAGCGGUGCUAUGGCUUGGAUUCACCCCAUUUCUGGCUGCCCCUGGCAUGGUCACACAAUUGCUGGCUCCUGGGGGUGCGCCUCUCUUUUUCUCUAAGUCAUUUACGACUGGCUCACCCUCCCCUACCGCAUUUCUUGUUGUGAUGGGGCAGGAACCCUCCCGAAUCUCUUACUCCUUCUCUCCUUAUCCUCCUUCCUCUUCCUCUCCUUAUACUCCUUCUUACUCUCCCGGGCCUCCUCCAUCGGCUGGUGUGCCAUGCUGAUUGAUGGAUGUUGAUCGAAGUCUUGAAGGACGUUUGGGUCAACAUUAGAGAUGAAAGCACUUCGAGAUGCCGGAAAAGAACAUCUCGAGGCCACCUGUUUGGAUGCAAUCUUGUAUUGGCUUGUUGGUUGUAUCGUGCUGUGUUGUGUUGUGUUGGCUGUUGUGGUGGGAAGUCGAGGAAGUUCAUCGAUCCCUUUAUUUCAAGCACUUGUGCAAGUCAAUCUGAAGCCAGGUUUGACUAGGCAAGGGAGGAGAGAGAUGGAUUCGAAUCCCAACAGGGGAAGAUGAAGCAAAGAUCGUCAGGUUUGAGAUCGACGCCUUUGCAUUCGACGUGUCAGCCUCAUUCAGUCGUUUGAACAUGCAACCUACAUGACAAAAAUGCGGGAGGGGGAUGAUGAUAUCUUUAGUUAGGCUUGACUAUUUUGAUGUCAGCGAUGAAGUAUCAUGCUGAGCUUGAUUUGAUAAUGAAUCAGUUAUAC